AUGAUGAAGCAGCUCAUAGCUCAAAAUCAAGUGACGCAGCAGCAGAAUCAGAAAGUGCAGAGUGAGAUGCAGAAAUCUAUUCACGAGCUUGAGCGUCAGAUGGGGCAAAUGACUCUUAUACAGAAUGUCAGACCACCGGGUACUCUUCCUAGUGAUACUAAGAAGAAUCCAAAGGAUUGCAAGGCAGUCACCUUGAGGAAUGGCAGAGAACUUGAAGAAGUGCCCCUGAAAAAGAAGAACAUAACAAAAGCAGAACUUAUCCCUGCUAAGCGAGCUGAGCCAAAGACAAUCGCAGAGCAACCAGUUGAGGAAGUGGUUCGGCCACCUCUUCUAUUUCCACAGCGACUUCAGAAACAGAAAGCAGAUUCAGCUUGCAAGAAAUUUCUUGAACUCUUGAAACAGGUACACAUCAACAUACCUUUGGUGGAGCUUUUUCAAGAAGUUCCAAAAUAUGCUAAGUAUAUCAAAGAUGUGGUGUCAAACAAAAGGCGUUGGAUAGAGUUUGAGACUGUUGCACUUACUGAGGAGUGCAGUUCUAGAGUGAGGAGUAAAAUUCCUCCAAAGUUGAAAGAUCCGGGCAGUUUCACGAUUUCGAUUACUAUUGGCAACAUUGAAGUUGGGCUAGCAUUGUGUGUUUUAGGUGCUAGUAUUAAUUUGAUGCCCACCUUUGUGUUCCGAACGUUGGGCUUGGGUGAGCCUAGGCCAACUACUAUUACAUUACAGCUGGCUGAUCGAUCUCUUGCUUAUCCUGAUGGUAUUAUUGAGGAUGUUCUUGUAAAGAUAGGCCCGUUUAUUCUGCCGGUUGAUUUUGUGAUACUUGAUUUUGAGGCAGAUAAGAGUGUGCCUCUCAUCAUAGGGAGAGGGUUCUUGGCUACUGUUGAUGCUAUGUCCAUGACAGUUGAUGGACAAGAGGCAAUUUUUGAUGUGUUUAAAGCUACCAAGCUUCCAGCCCAUUAUGAGGAGUUAAAGAUGAUUUCCAUGGUGGAGCCCGAGCUCACUAAUGCAGAGUUAGAUCACUUUCUAGCUUCACGAGAUCCUUUAGAGACAACUUUGGUGUAUGGGGAAGACUUGAUGAUUGAUGCAAAAGUCAAGGAGUGUCUUAGCAUCCUUGACACUUCAUGUGCUUAUUUAGGAGCAAACACACCAUUUGAGGAGUUAGACAGACCAAAGUCAUGGAAGAAGCCAAAACCAUCUAUUGAAGAGGCUCCACUUCUUGAGUUAAAUCCAUUACCUUAUCAUCUUCGCUACGCCUUCUUAGGUAGUGCAGACACAUUGCCUGUAAUCGUUUCUGCUUAUUUGACUGAUGUGCAAGUUGAACGUGUGUUACGAGUGCUAAGAGAUCGAAUCCGAGCCCUUGGGUGGUCGAUAGCUGAUAUUCGAGGUAUUAGUAGUUCGUUUUGCAUGCACAAAAUAUUAUUGGAGGAAGACAACAAGCCUAGUGUUUGA